UGUGUGACCAGUGCCUUCACAAAAUUCUAAGUGGAGUUUUUCUCUUUUUCAACUCAGAAUAAAGCAAGAUGAGUGGCCAAAAUUUUAUAAAUAAUUUAACUCUAAGGAAAGAGUGUAUUAUAGAAAUUUUUGACUCAAAUAGUUUUCAUGUUUUAUUUGUGAGAAAAGGUUGACAAAUUUCUUGCCUGAUAAUAUUGGAAGAAGGUUUUCUUCUUUCUCCCCUGACUUUGGCUCUUGGUAUCACCUUUCUUUCUCCACAGUUUGAAGCAGUUGCACAGAAUGGACAGAAGGAAUAACACACAUGUGUCUGACUUCAUCCUUAUGGGGCUGACAGAAUCUGAAGAGAUCCAGCUGGUCCUCUUUAUCAUAUUUCUCAUCAUAUACCUGAUCAGUGUCCUGGGAAACACAGGGAUGAUACUGAUCAUCCACCUGGAUCUCCAGCUUCACACUCCCAUGUAUUUUUUUCUCAGGCACCUAUCAUUUCUUGACCUUACUUACUCAACAGCCAUCACUCCUAAAACCUUACACAACUUACUGACCUCCACAAAGCACAUUUCAUAUAUAAGCUGCUUCACCCAAAUGUACUUUUUUGUCUUCUUGGGUGUCGCUGAAUGUUUCCUUCUCUCCUCGAUGGCCUAUGAUCGCUAUGUAGCUAUCUGCAAUCCUCUGCACUACCCUGUUGUUAUGUCCAAAAGAUUCUGUUGCUCCCUCAUCUUUGGGUCCUAUUUCAUUGGCUUUACAAACUCUAUGAUCAAUGUGCUUUUCAUGAGCAGACUGGAUUUCUGUGACUCCAAUGUAAUCCAUCACUUUUUCUGUGACACUUCCCCAAUCCUAGACCUGUCCUGCACUGACACACGUGGUGUGGAAAUCAUGAUAUUCAUUUGUGCUGGCUCUGCUCUAAUGGUUUCUCUUAUCACAAUAUCUGUGUCUUACCUGUUCAUUCUGGCUACUGUACUGAAAAUUACUUCCACUUCAGGAAAGCAAAAAGCCUUCUCUACAUGUGCCUCCCAUCUCCUGGGAGUCACCAUCUUUUAUGGCACUACCAUUUUUACAUAUUUAAAACCACGCAAGUCCUAUACCUUGGGCAAAGAUCAAGUGGCUUCUGUGUUUUAUACUAUUGUGAUUCCCAUGCUGAAUCCACUCAUUUACAGCCUUAGGAAUAAAGAAGUGAAAAAUGCUCUCAAAAGACUCAUGCAGAAGAGACAGGACUCCAGGCAAUUAAAGUAACAUCGUUUCUAAACAGUUAACAUUUCUCUCCUUUCCUGUGGAGUAUUUUCUUGUUCUCUCCAAAAAGCAAUGAAGUCCUUUCAUUUGUAUUUCUGUUGAAACUUCUUUACUUAAACAAAUAUAAUCUUGGACAUUUCCAGAAACAUGUCUUUUGAAAUUCACAUUGUUAUGGACUUCAAUGUUAAAAAAUCAUUGCCUUUCUCCUGAUAUUUAUAGGCUUGUGGUGGUCAUU